AUGAGGGCAAAAGUUGCUCUGGAUAUCCAUGGAUUAUUUCGACGUUGGUUAAAUAGUAGCCCACUACCGUAUGAUGGUGUUCAAGACGCGAUGCACCGCCCGCAGGUUGCCGAUGGCCAGAUGGGCUAUACUCCGGCUAGGGAUCACCGUAAACAGCCUAGGGUCAAGGCUUCUCCGAUGGUCUUUAUGAUGAAAUACAACCGUCACGGAUGGGCCAAGGCACUAGGGUCCUACUCUCAUGGGCCGCUAGUCUUCGCGUUCUCGUUUUUUGGGAGUAGUAUUGACUCUUUACCUUUCUUUUCCAACCCAGAUGGUGAAACGGCCUGCAAGGUUUGCACAGAGUUGUUGCGCGCUCAAAGCCGGGCUCGCACGCCCACAAAGCAGUCGUGGGGUGAUGAUCUCCGGAGCGGAGACCCUGAAAGCGGUAGCCUUUCGACGUGUUGGUGGUAUUUGCUCUCUGGAUGCUAA